AUGUAUCGGGACAUUGCUACGCAUGUCUACAGGCGUGCUGUUGAAGACGAUGCCGUCUAUCAGUUGCCCGGCUGGGCUUUCGGAAUUGCGCUGCUAGAUGUCAUCAUCUUUCUGCCCUUUAUCCUGGUCGUUGGCUACACCUUCCAGAAUGUCUUUCCCGUCAUCGCCAUGAUUGAGGACCCUUCGCCUCCCGCUUACGAACCCGUCUCUCUAAACGCCGAAACCGAAUCCCUGGCCGAGGACAAUGCCCCCAUCGCCGACGAGGCCGCUCGUGCUGGCCAGGACACCCGCGCCAUCAGCUCCAGCUUCCGCAGCCUCCACCGCACCAUGACUGGCAUCUCUGGCUGGAAGUCCUACUUCCGUGGCCUUGCCUGCUGGGCCGCCCUGACCGUCUCCACCAUGUUUGUCUACGGUAUCGUCAGUGCCCUGCCCUUCAUUCCUGCCAUUGUGGCCGCCAUGAUCUCUGCAGUCGCCCUCGUCCAGCUAUACUGUGCCUGGCUGCACAUUGUCAUCUCGACUCCCUCCGAGAAGCGUUUCUACCAGCGUCUUCCCCCCUUCAAGAAGGCAUUCCAAGCUUGCGCCUUGCCCACAGUCAUCUACUUUCUUGCUUUGGAGUUCCACUCCUGGGUUCCCAAGUUCUUGAUUGGUGUCUUGGGCAUGACCACCUACGACCCUUCGAACCCGACUCAGGUCCCUCAGCCUUCCCCUAGUGACUCGUGGAAGGGCUUCCUCGUCUUCCUUGUCACCAUGGCUCUCACCGUCUUUGUCACUAUCCCAGCCCACGUGGUCCUGACCCGUACCCAGGCCUCCCUCCUGCCUGAGGAGGAUGAGACCAUUGUGCCUUUUGACCGAUCCUUUCAGGGUAAGCUCGAGCCCGCCAUUGUUGGCGGCCGCGGCUACGUCACCAUCAAGGAUGCGUGGGAGACCUUUUCCCGCGCCUCUUGGAUUCGACUGGUCAAGCUUUACGUCAAGAUCUUUGUUGCCACCAUGGCCGUUUACUUGGGCUUCGCUCUGAUCAUCAUCCCCGAGGUACUUAUUAUUGCCAGCGGCACCAAGAAGGCCCAAUAA